CGUUCCCGUUCAAGAAUCUAUUCUGCUUAGGCCUUAAACAAAACAGUUUAAAAAUGGUAUUUGUAGUAUAAAAAGGAUUUAAACAAUAUAAAAAAUACAAUAUGGGUGUAAAAGACUUGUGGAAUAUUAUUUCACCAUCUUGUGAGAGAAAGCCAUUAUAUGAACUUCAAGGAAAAGUAAUUGCCAUUGAUUUAAGUGGUUGGGUUGUUGAUUCCCAAUCUAUUGUUGACAAUGUUAUUCAACCAAAAAUGCAUCUUCGGAAUCUCUUUUUCCGAACUGCUUAUUUGCUUAUGAAUGAAAUAUAUCCGGUAUUUGUAUUAGAAGGAACAGCGCCAAGUUUGAAACAUAAAACAAUAGCAAAAAGAAAUGAAGUUCGAAAUGGUCCAACACAAAAGAAAACUAACAGAAAAGGUGGACGAAGUAAUUUUAAUAAAAUUCUCAAGGAAUGUGAAAAAAUGCUUAAAUAUAUGGGAAUAUCAUGUAUUCGUGGACAAGGCGAAGCUGAAGCAUUAUGUGCUUUAUUAAAUGCAGAAGGGCUUGUAGAUGGAUGUAUUAGCCAAGACAGCGAUUGUUUUCUUUAUGGAGCAAAAGUUGUCUAUAGAAAUUUUUGCACAAGUGCUCAAGGAAAUCGUGGAACAACAGGUGGUUCUAUUGACGAGUAUACUAUCGAAAAAAUCGAACGACUUUUUAAUCUAGGAAGAAAUAAAAUGAUAGCCUUGGCUCUACUUUGUGGUUGUGAUUACGAUGAUGGUGUAAAUGGAGUUGGCAAAGAAGCCGCUCUUAAAUUGUUUAAAGUUGUCAAUGAAAUUAAUGUAAUAGAAAGAAUGAAGAGUUGGAAAACUGAUUCUACUUUUACGAGAAUGGAAAGUGAAUUGUCAAAUCCUAAUAUUUGCACAACAUGUGGACAUAAUGGAAAAAUGAGAUCACAUAUUAAGUCUGGAUGUGGCGAUUGUGGAACUUUAACAAAAUGCAAUGAUAGUUAUAAAGAAAAAAGAAUUUUAAUAUCGAAUGAACUCAGUAUAAGAAAGAAAACUCUUCUUGUAGACAAUUUCCCGAAUGAAGAAUUGAUUAAUGAAUUUUUGCUUCAUAAAGAUUCAGUUCCUUCAAACUUAGAUCUAAAAUGGAAAAUACCGGAUGUUUCUAAAUUUGUUACUUUUAUGGAAAUGUAUGUACUAUGGGAACCAGAAUACGCCUAUGCGAAAAUAUUACCAUUAUUGACGCGUUGGCAGGUACGAAAUAUUGCAGAAAUACCCGACGAAAGACGUUUAACAAUGCGGAAUUUAUUAAUACCAGAAAAAAUAAAGAAACCACGUAAUAUUAAGGGAAUAGCGAGUUAUGAAAUUGUGUGGGAGGACAAGGAGGGCAUUUUUAAAGGAAUGACGUUGGCUUGUACUUCUGAUAAGGAAAAUGAUACUGAAGAUCCUCAACCAGAAGCAACACCCGCAGAACUUGCAACUUUGGAACCGCAGCAUUUAUUUCAAAAAUGUUAUCCACUUUUAGUUGAAGAAUUUGAAAAUGCAAAAUUGGCGAAAAAAAAGAAACCUCCAAAAAAACCUAGAGGAAAGAAAGCUAAAGUGACUGAAGAUGAAACAGGGGAGAAAACUGAAGUGAAGAAAAAAGCACAAAGGCGACCGAGAAAACCGAAAACAACCGAAGUUGCAAAUAACAGAAAAAUUGAUGAAUUUGUCAAAGUGAAUAUGCAAACACUUGAAGAUUCUUUCGAUGCAUUGACUAUUACUCCAAAACGAAAGAAAAAAAGUAUCGAUGUCAUUGACAGUGAACAAAUUAAAUCCGAUAAUGAUUGUAAAAUAAAUAGUUCCCAAUUGGACCUGGAAGCUCAUCGAUUAAAUCGAAUUUUAAAUGGCUCACUUUUGAGAAUGUUCAAUGAACUCACUCCCGAAGAUUUUCCCAGUGAAGUUGAGGAUGAAAGUAUGUCAGAAAAAAUUUGUAAUAAAUCACAAGCAAUGAAUAUUAGUUUUCCGGAAAACCAAAAUACAGAUCAUAAAACGAAUGAUUUUGAAUAUGAAUUCAAUUUGGAACCUCAAAUAGAUUUAGAAUAUAAAUUUGAUUUAAAGUCUAAAUUCGAAUUAGAACCUGAAUUUAAUUUUGAAUUAGAUUGUUCCAUGCAUAUGAACAAUUUUAAUGAAACUUUAAAACGAAUUGUAAAUUUAGAAAACGAAGAAGAAGUUAAUUCAAUAAAUUCGCCAAUUCAUCCUAUCAACUUAAUGAAUGAAUCAAAAAAUUUAGAUUGCACUUUGAAAAGAAUUAUAGAUUCCCAUAAGAAUGCCGUCGAUUAUAAGAAGAAACCAUGUUCCAUGAUCAAAUCGCCUAAUGUGUUCGCUAUUAAAAAACCAAGAAAAAAAUUUGACCUUGUCAAUUUCACUUUUGAGAAAGAAAAGUCUCCAGAACCUCAAACAAAUUAUAAGAUAUCAGAAAAUUGUUUUAAACAAUCAGUGCAUAUUUCCAAUCUAUUGAAUAGUAAAUCUUACGAUCAAGAUGAUUCCAUGGAUAGAUUUGAUCGCAUUAAUGCCUCAGUGGAACGUUUUUUGUUUGGUCAAGAACUAUUUAAAGAUACUGAGAAUCCUGAAAAUUCGAUUGUCCCAGAUGUAUCUAAAGUUAAAACAUUAGAAAAAAAUGAUUCAAAAAUUAUUUUGAAAACAAUAAAUCGCCAAGAUUUUGGAGAAAAAACAAAUGUUAAAAAAGAUUCUGUGAAGAAAGUGAACAGCAAAGAUUCAAUGAAAAACAAAAAUCAUACGCAUUUUUCUCUCGAACGCACAUUACAUGUUCAAAAUCUAAUAAAGGACAUUAAAAAUUCCGUUUCUAGUGCGUCUGACAUUGUAAAUGUCUCUGUUUCCAAAAAUGAUGAUAAAAACAAUUUUGAAGAUGAUAUCGAUUCUCUUAAUUCAUCUUUGGAGCGUCUUCGAUUUGCUCACCAUUCAAAUAAGAAUUUUCAAAACAAUGAAAACGAAAAUAAUGUAUCAGUUAAUGUUUUCAAUUUAUCGAAAUUUAAACCCGAAGAAAACGAAUCAACGGAUCACGUAGACGUUGAAAAUUCAUUAUUAGAACUUCUUCCAAUUGUUCAACGAUCCAAGGAUAAUAUAAGAAGUACAAAAAUUUCUAUUAAUAGAACUAAUGAUGAUGAUAAUAAUAAAGAAAUUGAAGAAACUGACAGGCAAAAUUUUAGUUACGAAGAAAAUGAAAAAGAUGAUAUUCAAAUUUUAGAUUAUAAACAAAAUUGUUUUCAAUUUUCUCAUAAAGAGAAGAAAAAUAAAAAUGUCAUUGUGAAUGAAGAAAUUGACAAUGAAAAUUGUAAUGAGGAAAACAUGGAAAAUUUUCAAAAAUCUGAUAAUGAUAAUAUUAGAAGAAUAAUUCCAGAUGAAAAUGAAUUUACGGAUGAAUCUGAUAUGUUUGAUUUUUCAAGUGAAUGUUCACGAAAUUUUGAAAGUCCUGAAGUGAAAAUUACUAAAGAAGAGCGACGAAUUCGAAAAUCAAUAAAUAUCCCUCUGGAGAAGCUAAAAUGCACUGACAAAGAUGAAUCAAUAGAUGAAUUUGAUUUAUUAAUUUCAAAUUGUAAACCGCUUCAUGAAAGAUUGAAAGAAUUUGGAAAACAGGAUAUUGCGCGAACUUCGACUCCAGAUUUCAUUGUGACGCCUGGCAAGAAAUUUAGUUUUGGCAUCGAUGAUCUUUUAAAUGAUACUGAUUUGUAAGUUUUCUAAAAACUAGACAACAUUUUUUAUUUAAUUUUGUUUUGAAAAUUUUUUAUUUUUUGGUCGAAUUUAUUAUAUGUACAAAUUAAUAAUUGAUCUAACAUGAUUUAA